AUGUCAAGCAGAUACCAAGGGAAACCUGAGACACCCCCUAUUAUUCCCGCAAAGCAGCUUCACCACACGACGCAGCGCCCGCCGCUGCCAAAUAUGCCAGCUGGACAUAUACAGACUCGCUAUGUGAACAUGCUUUUGGCACUUGAUGAUAUCCCGCCACUGUUCAACAUAAUGGCGUCGUUCUUCACGUGGAUCUUACUUGCGGGAUUCGUCCUAUUCCCUGGAACAUUCACAUCUUUGCAGCAACAGCAACUCAGCGGUGUGGAAGCCCAACUGCUGAAUGCGAUAUCCAAUAUAUCACUUUAUAUUAUUGCAUGGGUUUGUACCGGUAUUGGUGGCGUUGGUAUGAUCUGGUUAUGGUGGAGGUGGCAAAGAAAUUAUAUCUGGAUUGUGAAUCGUAUCUUUGUGCCUGGCCUACUCAAUUCACUCGCUGGUAUCAUCUCGGUUCUUUCCAAUAUCUACGGCGUACAGCAUGGAACCUACAGCAUACCAGGCGAGUCAGCAAUGAUUGUGACAGCUGGGGUUGCAGGCGUGUGUGGAUGCCUUGUUCUCGUGUAUCAUUUCUGGUUACUGGGAAAUAUCAAGAAAGAGCAUGACAGGGAAGUUGGUGUCGAGUUUGCUGGAAGGCACUGGCGAAGGCAUUAUGGGGGGUGA